UGCUGAAGUGAAACGAGGCGCGGAUCUGCUCCCUCGUGACGUCAUCGCCACGCGCCGCUGGGCUUCAGUCUGCUGGCCUGCGGAAUGGGCAGAUUUCACCAGCCCAUGUCUAAACACUGAUUUAUCGCACGAACUCCACCGAGAGCCUGUGUUUGAGCACGUCGUCUACACGAUGCCAUGCGGAGGUAAGGUGAUGGAAGAGGCCAGCGAGAGGGUUUCAGAGCUCAUUCCAGUGGUGCUAUUUCCGCUGUUGCCAGGCUUCGUCCCACCCUCUGUUCAGUAACCUCACCCAUUCUUAUCCCGAAUCACCAUGAAACCAGUCCAUGAGCGCAACCAGGAGUGCCUCCCUCCCAAGAAGCGGGACCUCCCUGUUAACAACAACAACAACAACACCUCUACCAUCAACAAUAACAACAGUAGCAUCAGCGGCGGAGUGGGAGGCAGCGGUAGCAUUGGGAGUGCAGGAGGAGAGGAUGCCCCAUCUUCACAAAGCUCUGGAGUGAGUGGAGAAGGUAGUGGCGAAUGGGUGCGAGCCCAGCAGAGCAUGCAUUAUGGGGUGGAUGGUGGCGAGGGUCUCGUUGGGCUUCCUGUGGAUCAGUAUAGCAUGCUUUAUAAAGUAGCUCUGCCCGCUGGCACAUACUCCCCAACCAGUCUGCACCCCGUUCUCAGCCAUAUAUCUCCUGCCUACACCGUUCCCUCCCUCCAGCACACGAGUGUUCCCUACUCUCAAAUUGGCAUUGCCCAGAUCCCUCACUCCUCCUUGCAGUUUGUUAGCUCUCCGUACGCGGCUGCAGUUCCCUUCGCCGUGCCUCCGGGAUUUGUUCCCAGCCAUAUGAUACCACCUCAGUCCGCUAUAUCCCAGCCACACUCCGUUUCCCACCUGGUUCCAUAUCCAUCCGUCAUUCAGGAAGGAGUUGGCUCUUCCCAGCAGCAGGCCUCGACCCAUGCAUACACCAAAAUGGGAGUUCCUUUGGUGCUCAAUUCUAAUCAAACAGCAACACAAGCGCAGCUUGGGACUGUAGGGAUGCUGCCUGCCGGGGAGCUCAGCCCGAGAGCUGUGUACUAUCACCCCACCAUUAGAGGUGUCCAACUUCAAAGAGACCUGCACAGCAGCUCCAUGGAGCAGGAGAGGGAGGUGAACGGAGGAGACCGAGAGCACGGAGGCAGGGAGAGCCAUCAAGAUGCAGUUUAUUCAGCCAGAAGCGCACAACUGCUUCAGGCAUCUGCACCCGAGCCACAGCAAGACAAGAGCUUGAAAAGCCGCAGGCCGGAGGGCAGAAUGUCGCCAGGACAGAGGAGCACACCAGACACUGAUCUUGAGGUCCAGCAGGUGGUCGGACGACUUGCCUCUCCUGUCCACGGCAUGAGUCGCAAGGAAGCAACACAUGUCCCUCUGAACCUGUCUCAAACCUCUCAGAGGAGGGGUCGAGAGAUUCAGGGUGAAGUCAGAACACUUUAUGCAUCAAAUCCUGCUGAAUCUAGAGCACAAACGCAACAGUACGUUCAACAAGGACAUGCCGUUAUCUUGGCCAAUGGGCAGCCUGUUCUCGUGCCCCUGGACUACCAUCACCAACAACAACCGCAGCAGCAUUUCCAAUCCAAUGACGUGGCUCCUGCUACAUAUCCAAAAGCCAUGGAGACAGCAUCGUGUCCCCCAGAGCGGUCAGUGGUGGACCUGCCUCCCCAACAGGGGCAGCAGCCCUCCCAGCAGCCUCCUGGUACUUUCCCACAGACUCCUACGCUAGCACCCUCCGGCCCAUCUCACUUCAUGAAGGGCGCCAUCAUACAGUUGGCUACCGGAGAGCUCAAGCGUGUAGAAGAUCUGCAGACUCAGGACUUUGUGCGGAGUGCAGAAGUAAGCGGGGGGUUGAAGAUCGACUCAAGCAUGGUGGUGGACAUCCGUGCUAGUCAACAGCGGCGUGGGCUAGUGGCGCUGCAUUUCAACGUAGGGGAGCAGCAGAGCAAAGUGACUAUAGAUGUUCCCCCGGAACACCCCUUUUUCGUUUUCGGACAAGGCUGGUCGUCCUGUAGCCCUGAGCGGACUGCCCAACUGUACGGUCUUACCUGCCACCACCUGCAGGUGGGCGACGUUUGCGUGUCCGUGACACUGCAGCAGCAAGCUGCGUCGCAGCAAAAACCUCCACAGCAAGUGCAGGCUCGGACUCCCACCAAAGUCAACUCCACGUCUGGAGCCCCACCUCAACCCAUGGGCCCCCCUGCGCCCCAACACACCCCUCGGCCACAAAGCCAAUUAAAAAUUGAGCGCAUCCACAGAGAGAAGGACCGGGACAAGGAGGAGCCCAUGCAGGUCGGGGGUUCGCGACAAUCCGACGUACCCCCAAGACCAAACAGGACUUCAGCAGAUCACACUCGGAGCCAGAGCAACUACUGUUUGCACACUGAGGGUCAAGCUCCACCGGGAGCCGCAGCGGGAGCUUCUUCUGUAGGAGCGUCCCAGAGGCGCUGGUCUGCGCCUGGCUUCCAAAGAUACAGCAUCAAGAACGAGGAGGGAGGGAGUUUAGCAUCAGCUGCCACCUCUGGCUCCUCUCGACUGUCAUUUAUCCCUCAAGAGAUCAAGCUAUCCAUUGAGGGGCGCUCGAACGCCGGGAAGUAGCAGACAAAAUAGAUUGUCCAUGGGAGUGAAGUGUCAGUAGGGCGAACAGAUAUGAAAGAGGGAGCGUGGUCGGAGGGAGAGAAUGUAGCCUCAGAAUGUUUGAGAUUUUGCACAUAAUGGAAGAUUCCCCCUGCCGCCCCCUUCUUCAGUUCUGGUCUCGAGCAGAGGACUUUUGUGUCAGGUCAUAGUCAGCGUUCGCAAUGAUCUGCAUGGGCAGCUUUAUCCGAGUAAAUCAUGUACCAAAGCCUGCGUCGUCUGCGUGUUCCUGUGGGUGAACUAUCAUGUUUGGCUUGUGUGAAGAUAUCUUGCAGUUCCUCGAGAAGAUGUUUAUUUCAGAAAGGCCAGGGAUAAGAAUGGGAUACAGCCAUAGAGUCUUGACAAGCCUUUACAAUAAUAAAAAAAUAUAUAUUUUAAAGAAGGACAUAAGAGGAUCGAUAGCUCAACAACCCAAAAGACAGGCUCUUUCUCUCUAAAUGUUUCCAUUGUUGCGCCGCCAGGCAUUAAUUGACUAAGACCUUGGACCGUUUUUAAUGCGUCUCUCUCUAGAGGUGUUUUUGUCCUCGCUUUCCUACCCUCUCCUCCACUCCCAGACUCUUCUCAGGGUGCUUCUACUGAGGAGACUAUCCUAGUCUGGAGUUUGAGAACGGUUGUCCAGUGUCGUCACAUCAAUCAAUUGAUCCACCAGUUUUGCUACAAUCAGGAACCUUUUCCAAAUGAACUCAUCUUAACAGUUGCUUUAACAACUCCUACGAGGUUUGUUAGCGGUGUUUCUGAAUCUGCAUUCCAGUCGUGAUCUCUCCUCCUCGACCCGUUGGAGUUAACAUUUCCCAGUAAGGCCGGCCUACGAAAACUGCCUCUAAAUAGUACCUCAUGGUUGGAAGCAUCAUAAGUUUAUUUUUAUUUGAUCCUACAUUGUUGUGCCCUUUUCUUGGAGACAUGUCAGCCAAAAUCAGCACUGCUUGCGAAGCUGAGACCAAAUGCAGAACAGGUUCUAGCUGUUUGCGAACGGCCUGGUCCUGUGGAAACGGAUUAUUGCUCUGAAGCAUGCAGGUUUAAAUGAAGUCGUCCCGUGGAAGCGUUUAGCACACACACGUGUCAAGUCACUGCUGUUGGGUGUGGACUGACCUGCUCAGUUCUCAAAAUCAAAGCAAUAGUUGUGUCAGAACACAUUUUUCUUGUUUUCUUGUUGUUGUUUUUUUAAAUCCCGUUUCAAGACUGAUUACUCCUUGUAUUUAAGGUUUUUUAUGUGCAGAGACCUUUUUAUCCUUAUCCUGCACUUCUCUUGAUUUUUCUAAGAUGAUGCAGUUUUAAUUUGUGAUAAUCCGUAUUCUAACAGUUACUACAGGAGUUCAUUCGAAGUAUGCGAUUACCCAUAAAACAACACCUCUUUCUUUUAGGUAGUUUUUCUUGCUGACCAGUAGUAUCUUCAGAGAUGACUAAUAUGAAAUCACACAUUGAAAUGGGGCUUUUCUAAAACACCCACUGAUAAGGAAGUUUAGGAUCUGCUUUGUUCUUUAUAAAAGGCUCUUAGCCCCUUACAUUGUGUCCUAACCAGGUAUGAAACGAUAAGACUAGCGAUAAAAGUCAUGCUUGAGUUGCUGUUUGUUGCAUCUGCAAAAAGCACUAAGCAACAGGACGCUUUGUCUUUCACUUUUGUCUGUUUUUAUUGUUAAGUUUAGUUUUGUGCUCGGUAGCUCUUCCAACUGUUAAAACCUUGUUGGUCCAAGUUCAAACCAUAGGUUUUGACAGGCUGUGAUUUUUAUCGCAGGCAUGUUUGGAUGGUCAAAUUCACUGGAAACUUGUCACGUCACACCUGGUUAGGACUGGCGAUGAACUGAAAACGUUUUAAUCUGUGCUGAGGUUUUUAUGGUUCCUUCUUUUGGUUUGUAAUUGGUGAACUCUUGUACAGUAUUGCGUUCUAUCUCUCUUCUUGGCAAUAUUACCCACGAGUGAUUUUUAGAACUUGUACUGCAGGUCUUGUAUUGCACAGAUAAGUUCACGUUCGAUUCACGUUGACUCUUUAAUGGGAAUCAGAAAUGUGUUUUAUUUUUAUUUUUUUAUUUUAAUAAUGAAGGGAAAAUGUUUGUUGUUUUGAAGUAUUCUGUUUUGUUGGUUGUUUUUGGCUCAUGAGAAACUGACAGGCAAUGUUGACACUGUUUACACAUUAGCCAGGAGAAAAUGCUGUAGUUGCACAUUUUAUAGUUACUGAACAUUUUCAGAUGGAUGAAAUCAUGACUUAAGUGCAAUUAGACCAAAUAUAAACAUUAGGAAGCUCAUGUUUUAUUUCAAAACAGCAUUCCAGAAAGAGCCUGACAUUCCCAUUUUUGUUGUUGUUUUCUUCUCUUUUUCUUCCUUGUCAAAUGCAAAUUUUUAUUUCCAUUUUUAGGCCCAAGUUAUUUUAUGAGACCUUUGAUAUUUCUCUGCAUUGUUGGCUCUUGGCAUUGCUGGGCUGUCUGUGUUUGGACCAGGAUUCAACUGUUUUGGCCUCUUGCUACCCUCAAGGCUUUAAGAGAAGAGUUUUUUUUUUUUUUUUUUUUUUUAGGAAAUAAAUAAUAUAUUUUUUUAUAUAAAUGUAGCGCUAGCAUUGGACAGGUUUGAUUUCCGACUUCCUUCAAACUGCAUCAACCUCAACAAUACCACAUUUCUGUGAACUUCUUAAACCUCUAAAAGAGAAGAAAUUCGGUAUAGGUAUAAACAAGGGUAGUCGCGUGAAAUCACAGGACUCAUGACUAAGGCUGUCACUAACGAUUAUGAUUACUAUGAUUAAUCAAGUAUUUUUAUAUAAAAAUGUAGCGAACAAUAGAGUUCAAAAUAACUUAAAACACAAGUAUAAUAGCAAUGAAGCAAUAAUAAUUUGUUAAAAUAUCUAAAGCAAAUAAUCAUUUGGUUUUUAUUGCACAAAACAGUUAAAGCACGUCAUGUAAUGAAAUGAUGUAAUCAUAACUUGUGUACAUUAUGCAUUAUCACAUUCACUUCACAACACGAUCUAUUACUUCUUUAAUAUUUAUACAACAGUGCCUAAUCAGGUGGUACAAGUUGUAGCUCUUAGAAAACUUCGUAAGUUGUUGUUACAAGUUCAAAGAGGAUGAAUUUUACAAGCUGGUAUCUCUUAAGCACAUACGGCAUGAACGCACCUAUUGACCUAACAACAAUUAAAUUGUCCAGUUAAUCUUUUAUUUUUGGUCACUUUAUGAUAUAAAUGCUCCCGCCACUGUCAUUUCUUGAACAAGAAUAUAUGGACAUGCAAACUCAGAUUGAGGGUUUAGGCUUUUAUUUUCAAGUAAUGAUAAACAUUUAGUAUACAGAAAGAUAAUGUAUUCUCCGGUGCUGGAGGUUUACAAAUGAUUUACCUUAUAAAUCUGAUAAAAUGGUGCACACUAUUUCCAGAUGAACGUCAUAAUCAACUCAGUCUCACAGCAUGUGCAAAGAUGGAGGUUGAGGUUUAAUCAAGAAAUUGUGACAGCCCUACUCAUGACUAAUUAUGAGGGUGCACUUAGUGGGCCCCAUAACCUUUUGUUCUCCAUUGACGAAAUCCCUUGUAUAAGCCCAUCCGGCAUAUCCAACAAGUCAGAUAUAAACGAAAUGAAGAAAUGGUAACGUGUGUAUUAAGCAUUAAACAGUAUUUGGUUUUGAUCAUCUGAAAUUGGUCCAAAUCCAUUUGUUGUUUGCAUUUAUGAAGCAUUUCCCAAGCAUCAUCUGUUGUAUUUCUUCUGUUCAUAUUUUGUUUGAAGACAUCCUGUUCCUUCUUAAAAGGAGUCCCACUUUCACGCUAUUUAUAAUCUGGUCUCAAAUCUAGUUCAUGUUAUUUCUUCCUUCCUGUCUCCAUUGUCCUAGAACGUUUUGUGACGCUUGGACCCCUCUAAGUUCACAGAGGACUCUUAGAUAUACUUCAUCUUCAACCUGGUGUGAACUGUCCAAAAGGGUCACAGUUGUCAUCUAAAAUCUUGCAGAUACAAAUCGAAUAUCUUCCCAACCAGGAAAAAAAAUGGCCGUCUCGAUUUGGUUUUCUGAGCUCAAUCCAGUUGGUCAGCCAGCUGGCUUAAGAUAUUGUGCUGUUUCUACACAGACAGCUUUGUUAUUCAAAAUUAAGAUCUGUUCCAUUAUUUUAAGUAUUAGAUUUGACAUAAAGCAAUACUCGAAACCACUGAACGAUACAGCUUUAGCAUGAGCUAUGCAGUAGAGACUCAGUUAGCACCCCAAUGCGGCUUCAAUACUCAAAUCUCACCAGUUCGUCUGUGGUCCGUUCGCAGAAGUCAGCUGCACGUUCAAUAUCGUGCAUUUUGCGUUAUUUUUCUAGGAACCCACAGGCUCUGUGACCUUUAUGGUGGUGAUUUAGUUAUCACACUACCAAGUCACGUAAGCCGAAGAAUAUAUGGUGACGCUUGUUUGGUGCUGUAUGUUUUUUGUUUGUCAGCAAUGGUGCACUGUUCUCUGUCUUCUCAAAUGCACUGCCUUACCAGCCGCCUCUCGUCGAGAUGAAAUUUGCAACCUUCGAGGCGGAGAUGGACUGAGUUAUGCUUUCAUUAAGAACUGAGCUACAAUCUUGUGCACUGUGCAAGGAGAGUUGACGCUAUGUUUGUGCCUUCCCAAUGUCUUAACUUUACUCUGGUCUGUCUUAUUAAGCUUUGUUCUCUGGGAGAUUUGUGUGUUUCCAUUUUGCUCUUAAUGUCUUGUAAACCCUACUGUGCUGUUGAGGUUCAUUUCGAUCAUAUCUAAACGUAAACCAUUCAGCCUGAAACUUCAUGGCAUCCUAAAAACUAUAUUAGAGAAAUUACAAUGUAAAAUUUGUGAUGGAGUGCUGCAAUGAUUACUUGUAUCGUGAAAGUUUGCUUCGCAUUGGUUCCCUCGACAAAAACCCAACCUCUGUAGUCAUUUAGCCUUUUCUACGCAACCAACUUUUUCAAAACAAGCACAAGCUUAAAAAACAAUGAUGUAUCGUAAAAUACAAAAAUGAACAUAUCUUGAGCUUACGUUGAGGACCACAGACCUAAUUUCCGGUGGGGAGUGUGAAAAACGUGACUCAAAUUGUUAUCAUUCAGGGUCAGUUUAUAGAUUUAUCUUUAACUGUAACAGCACAGAAGGGUUAAGCACAAGCUUCAUCCCUAUAGUUAGUACAUGUCUGUGUUUCCUUCCCUCUACGGAUGUGUGAAAAUUAAUCAAAACAUGUCCUUACCUCACAUUUGCAUACGUCAAGUACAGCGUCCCCCAUUUAAAGCCUUUAAUGUCCCUGUAAUGAUUAGGGCAUCUGCACACUAGAUAAAUGUAAAGGUUCAUGGUUCGAAAUCAUUUUGAAUGUGAAAAGAGUAAGAUACGUUGAAAUACUGUAUACAGGGAAUUUAUUUUCCAAAAUACUUCCAGAAGUACAACUCCGCAAAUUACUGUGUUGUGGUUGCAUGGCAAACUAGCUUCUUUCCUCUUUCAUUGAUGGUAUUUCUAGAGUAUAUCUGGUGUGUAGAUGCCCUAUACUUCUUUGCAUUUAGGGAAUCCCAUGUUGUUCUUCCAUAGAGCCUAACUAAUCAUGUAACCUAGAUGUUUGUCACUUUGAUGCAAUGAACUGUUCUGCACUUAUUUCCCCUCACCUGUAGUGUUACGAUAAAUGUUUCGCUGUCAUAUUGAAUCAUUCGAAACCACGUAAAACAAUCAUCCAAACUUUUGUAUGCUUGUACAGAUAUGAAGAUAAGUUUUGUAUAGUAUUAGCUUGUCAAUAACGCCUUAAGAUAUGCACCGUUCGUAAACAAAAGUGACUCCCUGCUCUUCAGGGUCAUACGAUUUCGCAUGGAGACAAAGUCUCAUUCGUUUCUAGUUGUAUUGACCGUGGACUCCUCUGUAGAAGUGGCUCGGGUUGCUCACUGACUACAAUUAGUGACGUUGCACUUACUGAUUGUAAGACGAUAUUUUGGGACUAGCUCACAAUGUGUAUCAAAAUGUAAGCUUAACAUACGUUCUAAAUCUUUAAUGUUUUAUUUAUGUUUUGUUCUUGUUAGGAAAGUGAAGACUGAUGCUUUGCACUGUUAACAUCCCUGAUUCCUUCACUUCCUCAGUGCUUUGUAGAGAAAGCGUGUGAUGUUUGAAUCUCACAAAACCCAGUGUUGGGAAGGUUACUUUGGAAAUGUAAUAGGAUGCCCUGUUUAAAAUGAAAUUUGUGUGACUAUAUCAGUACGUUUGUAAUGAAUGUUUUCAACUGUUGAUCAACUCUCAGACAGGCAGCAGUGUGGAAUGAUGUAAUUGGCAGAUUACAAACGUGAGAACCAAUCAAAAGAAUCAGAAUAGCAUUGCUUUAUCAAACAGCCUUUAAAUGGCAGGAGGCAUCGUGCACAUCCAAAACAGACAACGCAACAAAUUUAUAUUAUUCAACAUAUCCUAGCUUUUUACAGAAAAUAUUUCCCCUUUGUAAUCAUUAACAUUUUCAUAAGUAACUAUUUUUUUCCCUCAUUUACCGUAAUGGAUUACGGUUAUAUUUAUUUUGUAAUUAAAUGGCUUAACACUGUUACAUGUACAUAGUAACCCCCCAACACUGACAAAACCAUAUUUUGCACCAAAAUCAAAUGGUGGAAAACCUAAUACUGCUAAGAGAGAGAGAGCGAGGGGAAAAAUAAUUUACAAUUUUGUAUUUGAAAUAUUACAAAUAUUUUUUUUUUUUCCUCAGUGGGCAUUGCUAAUUGAGAUAAAAUUGAUUUUAUAUGUUUUUUUUUAAAAAAAAUUAAAUGGAAAAACCUACCAGCUCUUUAUCAUUGGAACUUGUGCUUUUCUCAUUGAAGUGGUUUGAGGAAGUGAGUGAAAGCUAAAUUUAUUGGAGUCUGUGUUAGAAGAUGGUGUGCGUAUAAAGCGAGAAUCUCAGCAGUUAUUGAUGUAGUUGAGGCUGAAGGUAGAUUUAGUCUCCCUGUUGACUGUUGAUGGGAACGGAGAGCUUUUGGAGCUGACAUCUCAUAGUUUGUGAAGCGUGAGAACGACUGAACCCAGUUGAGGAUAACCGUCUGGGUUAUGGAUGAGUGCGCGGUCCUGUGUAUUGAUAACAUUUCAGUGCUUAUAUUGGAAUUGUUGCUUCAAAUAGUUUUUUUGUUUGUUUUGGAAGGCUUUAUGAAGCUAACACGUGGUGGUUUUGUGUAAAUCCCAGACAGAAUUUGGUGGCACGGCAGGCCAGAGUCAGUAAAGUCGGCUGAAAUCAGGUUUCUAACGGUUUUAAAGGAAUCAUUAUAUACUCUCAAAUUUGUCAUUGUACUUCUUGGCACUAAGUGACACUGCUUUUUAUGUGAUGUGUGACCGGUUUUAAAAGAGAUGGCAUCUUUGUUUAAUGCAUAAAAUCUGCGAAAUAUAUGCAAUGAUGUAAGUGUAAUAUUCAAUCCUCAAGUAUAAUCCAGGUUGUAUAAACUUUGUAGUACAUCUUGAUAUCGUAUGGCCGUACCAAUAUGUAUUAAUUCUUCUCAGAAGCCUUAGAGUCGUCUACCCAAAGUGCUCCCUUAGACUACCCUACACCUACCUGAACUUUAUAAAGCAUUAAUAA